AUGGACGCAGAAACUCCCCCAGAAUCAACAGCAGGAAGUGAAAACUUCUUGUAUGCGAGAGAAAUCGCAGAAUGGAAAGUAAAGUCUGGCUUCUGGCGGUUCAGGGACAUCAUUACCGACAUCACGGACCUGAUCCAAGACGAACAUUCCGAGAUGACACCAAUGGACGCACGAGCAAAAGCAAAGGAAAUCGUCCAGCCGUUGUGGGCAACACAGCUCCGAGCACAAGCGACUUGGCCUGACAACGAAGAUACUGUCUGCGAGAAACUGGAGUCUGCGUUCGAUUCCCUCGAGCACGAGCAGAAAAUCCUGGCCCGCAUGAAUUACACCUGCUGCAGGACCUGUGGUGUUGCCGAAAUUGGUGGGGACAGCGAUGAGAAUACGCAGGGAUACGUUUUCUUCCAUGAGCAGGGUACGGAGCGGUUAGUUUCGUGUGGGAGAAUUCUGCUUUAUUUCGGGUCGUUUACCGAUUCGGAGAGUAAGAAUGAGGCUAUUGGGAAGGCGAUUGUAGGGUCGUUGAGAAGCGGAGGAUUGAGUGUGGAGUGGUCUGGAGACCCAACGACGGCAAUCGAGGUGAAUUGUGGUGAGUGGAGGAGACAUUUGGACUCGGAUGAGGAAGAUGAUGAGAGUGAAGAUGGGAAAGAGGGAGACGAUGAGGAGUAA